UCCCCGCGGGGCGCAUGGGGCGCUUCGAUCCGGGAUCGCGCGAGGGCCCGGCGCCCAGCUUCCUGCUGCCGUGAGAAGCCGCGCCGGGACGGCCCCAGGACCCCAAGCUGCCGGGAGGAUGACCAUGGCCGGGGGCAGGAGAGGACUGGUGGCCCCGCAGAACACGUUUCUGGAGAAUAUUGUCCGGCGGUCCAGUGAUACUAAUUUUGUGUUGGGGAAUGCCCAGAUAGUGGACUGGCCUAUCGUGUACAGCAAUGACGGAUUUUGCAAGCUGUCUGGCUAUCACAGGGCGGAAGUGAUGCAAAAAAGCAGUACCUGCAGUUUUAUGUAUGGGGAGCUGACCGAUAAAGACACAAUUGAAAAGGUGCGGCAAACAUUUGAGAACUAUGAGAUGAAUUCCUUUGAAAUUUUGAUGUACAAGAAGAACAGGACACCUGUGUGGUUCUUUGUGAAAAUUGCUCCAAUUCGAAAUGAACAGGAUAAAGUGGUUUUAUUUCUUUGCACUUUCAGUGAUAUAACAGCUUUCAAACAGCCGAUUGAGGAUGAUUCAUGUAAAGGCUGGGGGAAGUUUGCUCGGCUGACCAGAGCUCUGACGAGCAGCAGGGGCGUCCUGCAGCAGCUGGCUCCCAGCGUGCAAAAAGGCGAGAAUGUCCACAAGCACUCCCGGCUGGCCGAGGUUCUGCAGCUGGGCUCAGACAUCCUUCCCCAGUACAAGCAAGAGGCCCCGAAGACUCCGCCUCACAUCAUCUUACAUUACUGUGUUUUUAAGACCACGUGGGAUUGGAUCAUCUUGAUUUUAACCUUCUACACAGCCAUCCUGGUCCCUUACAACGUCUCCUUUAAAACCAGGCAGAACAACGUGGCCUGGCUGGUUGUGGAUAGCAUCGUGGAUGUCAUCUUUUUGGUGGACAUUGUGCUGAAUUUUCAUACUACCUUUGUUGGACCAGCUGGGGAGGUGAUCUCUGACCCCAAACUCAUCCGCAUGAACUACCUGAAGACGUGGUUUGUGAUUGACCUUCUGUCCUGUUUGCCAUAUGAUGUCAUCAACGCUUUUGAGAACGUGGAUGAGGUUAGUGCCUUUAUGGGUGAUCCAGGGAAGAUUGGUUUUGCUGAUCAGAUUCCACCACCCCUGGAGGGGAGAGAGAGUCAGGGCAUCAGCAGCUUGUUUAGCUCACUGAAGGUCGUUCGGCUGCUUCGUCUGGGGCGAGUGGCCCGUAAGCUGGAUCACUACAUUGAAUACGGAGCUGCCGUGCUGGUCUUGCUGGUGUGUGUGUUUGGGCUGGCUGCUCACUGGAUGGCCUGCAUUUGGUACAGCAUUGGGGACUACGAGAUCUUUGAUGAAGACACCAAGACCAUCCGCAACAACAGCUGGCUCUACCAACUGGCGAUGGACAUUGGCACCCCUUACCAGUUUAACGGGUCCGGCUCAGGGAAGUGGGAAGGUGGCCCCAGCAAGAAUUCCGUCUACAUCUCCUCGUUGUAUUUCACUAUGACCAGCCUUACCAGCGUGGGCUUUGGCAACAUUGCCCCAUCCACAGACAUUGAGAAAAUCUUUGCGGUGGCCAUCAUGAUGAUUGGCUCGCUUCUGUAUGCCACCAUCUUCGGAAAUGUGACGACCAUUUUCCAGCAGAUGUAUGCCAACACCAACCGGUACCAUGAGAUGCUCAACAGCGUUCGGGACUUCCUGAAACUCUACCAGGUGCCAAAGGGCUUGAGUGAGCGAGUCAUGGAUUAUAUCGUGUCCACCUGGUCCAUGUCCAGAGGCAUCGACACCGAGAAGGUUCUGCAGAUCUGCCCCAAGGACAUGAGAGCUGACAUCUGUGUGCACCUGAACCGCAAGGUGUUCAAGGAACACCCAGCUUUCCGGCUGGCCAGCGACGGCUGCCUGCGGGCCCUGGCCAUGGAGUUUCAGACAGUGCACUGUGCCCCGGGGGACCUCAUCUACCAUGCAGGAGAGAGUGUCGACAGCCUGUGCUUUGUGGUCUCCGGCUCCCUGGAGGUGAUCCAGGAUGAUGAGGUUGUGGCUAUCCUAG